CAGUCAAGUGAACUUCUGACUCGACCAAGGUUCAACCAAAGAUCCGUACUUUCAGCAUGCGUGCCCUUCAUGUUAUGCUCGUAUUGGCCGUUGCCGCCCUGGCGCCAGCAUGCCCGCACAGCCUUCACAACAGGUUUUUGAAACGGACUGAAUUUCGAUGCUACCCGACUUUAUUGAGCUGGUACAAGAUUUGCAAGAUUUUACAAACAAAGGACUACGGUCAUUUUGAACACGACUAUGGAAACGACGACAACGUCGAAGACAAUUACGGAGGAGACAGUGAGGAGCCGGGUGAUGAAAAAGAGGAAAACGAAAAAGAAACCACUACUGCCGCCCAUGCGUCUUCGACUACUUCCACUGUGUCAUCACAGCACAACUCGAAGUCGACAAGACCUGCUACACAGCAGUACUCAGCCGAUGUCAGGAGUACAGAAAACACCCCGACUAAAACGCAAGAAAUGCUGGUAUCGGCUUCAGCGUCUCCGAAAGGUGGCUCGACAGCUCAGAUAGGGACGUCAGCCACGACAUAUGCACAAUCUACAGGAUUACUGGUGUCGACAACCAAAAGCGCAACAUUGACUAUGUAAUCAGCAAACGUGGCGAAGGAUAUACUGAAAUAAAGCGGGACAGGAAUUGGAACAUUCUGGGGACAUGCGGAAGCGUUAAACCAAUUGCUCCUGUCAAUAAAUGCCAUACUGUUAUCCCUUUUUUCUUUCUGACUUGUAUCAUACUAGAGAAUCUGGCAAGUAGCGAGCGGUUCGUACGUAGAAUUUUUUUCUCUUUUGAAUGCCACAUGCUGGUAAUGGUAAAUACCUAUGUUUUUUUUGUGCUUCUGACACUUGGCCUGCCUGCUACCGGAUGGCAUGUCACCAUGACUGCAAUCUUUUGCGGCUACACGCAAACCCGGCUUCACAACAGUACACGCUAAUUUUGCACUCAGGAACCAGACCUCUGUCAUCAUCGUAUUCCUCCAGAAGAAAAAAAAAGCAAGAAUAACGAACUGAUACGC